GUGGGCCAGAGGGAGAUGUCCAAGAGUGGAGCUCCUCGGGGCAACUGCCAGCUCCUCCUCUCCCCUUUGGGGCAGCGCUGUUGGUCCAGGAGCAGCUGCCAGCUCCUCCUCCCCUCCCCCUGGCAGGGCUGCUUCUCCUAGGGGCUGGCCAAGCCCCUCAGCUUCCUUUUGGCCUCUCUCCUAGAAACAUGGCUGCUCCUUCCUCAGCUCUUCCACCGUCUUACGAAGAAUCAACCGGCGCCAGUAAUCCAGCUCCGUAUCCCUACCCUCCUGCAGGGGGAAUUCCUGUGAAGGGGGCACCGGCCCCUUUCCCAGUCCAGGCCCAUCCUCCAUUCCCACCCCAGUCCUAUGGCAUGCAACCCCAGCCGGUUCCAGCGGUACCUCCAGUGCCCGUCCACACCGUUUACAUCCCGGGCCCGUUGAUCUUUCUUGAGCACCCCAUGCAGAUCCACUGUCCUGCCUGCAACCAGAUGAUCGUGACCCGGAUCUCCUACCAGCCUGGAGCUCUGGCCUGGCUUUCCUGUGGGGGCCUCGCCCUGGUGGGGUGCUGGCUGGGCUGCUGCCUGAUCCCCUUCUGCGUGGAUGCCAUGCAGGACGUCCAGCACUUCUGCCCCUGCUGCAACGCCUUCCUGGGUGUCCACAAGCGCCUCUGAGCGGAUCUGGGCCCCGAUGCCGGGAAGUGCAAAGUCCCCUUUUGUACGCCUCCGCUCAAGUCCUCCUGGGCCAGGCCUUGCGGGGCCCGUCCAGUGCCUCCUCAAGACUCGCCCUUUGGAACAGUGCAGACCACCUCUGGAGUCUCUCCCCCAAACUUCGGCCUGCCGUGACUUGCACCGCUGCCUGGGGGAAGAGCGGAUCCCGGCUUCUUGCGAAGGAGCGAAAGAACCACACGGAGGAUGCUGCUCCUGCUGCCCCUCGGUGCCAGGCCUCCUCUGCAGGGGGAGUUUGCGGCACAACCUACGAAGGCUGAGGGGAGGCAACUUUCAGUAUUUGACCCAAGGUCUGCAGGGCUGUAGCUGGCUCCCAUCUUUUCCAUCGUGGCCCAUGCCCGGUAACAGAGCCGCUGAGUUGGGCAGCAGAAGUGCCUGCUGUGAUGCCAGAGCAGGAUGUUUCCCCGAUCUGAGGGUUCCCAGUUUGGGGAGCCGUGGACCCUUCAGCCUCACCCCUCUCCCCCAGCUGUCAAUGGGGGAAGAGAGGCCCCGUGCCUUGAAAAGCAGAGCAGGUGCUGCUGGCACAGGGCACCCCGUCCGAGGCUCAGCUGUGCACUUGGGUGUUGAAGGGGCUUCCUGCCCCCAGGAAGAAGGGCCUUUUGUCCUGCGGAUUGGGGGCGGAACGGGGGCCAGAGUAGCUGGAGAGGGAGGUGAAUCUCUAGAGCCCUUUAAAGCUGUUGGCUCUGCAAGUCCAACUUUAUUCUGAUUUGCUUCCGAACUUAAUUCUGACUUUUUCAGCUUUUGAAAUAAAACUCUCUUGCAAAAAGAAA